AUGACGACGAACGACGGAGGAUACUACUUUUCUCGUCGCGAGGAGGAGGAAAGAAGCUUUGACCCGAGAGAUUUCAUUCGCGACGUGAUGCAUCUCUCGAAUAAUUCUUUUCCCGAAGAUGAUGAUGAUUAUUCUUCCAAUUGGAAAGAUGAGAAGCGUCGUUUCGCACAACGUCGUCGAGGAGGUCAGUACGACACCGUCACGCAAAACACCAUCGACGAGGAGAGGAAUCGGUUGUUUGAGAAGAAGAGGCAAAUUGGUGAUCAUGAUGAUGAAAAUGCGCACAGAGAGAGAACAAGUCUUUUCAACAAAGGACGGAGUGUUGAAGCAAAAUUUGGCUUCAAAACAAACAACAGUCCUUCGUUUUCGUACCCGCAACCGUCGACGGUGGAAAGGCAAAGACGAGCGCAAGAGCGAGUGACGGCGGCGCUGAGGAAACUGAAAAUAGAGAGGAAUUUGGAGAAGACGCCGGAGGUAGUUGGCGGUUUUGGCGGGUAUGCGGCGAGGAGGAGGCGCUUUCUCGCGAAAAGCGAGAGCGAGGAGGAGGAGGAGGAGGAGGAGAGCGCGAGGACGUACAGGACGAGAAGACGGGUUGUGAGCGCGACGGAAAAGGAACAUUUCCUGAAGACACCGUCGCCGCAGUCGUCGAGCAGAAGAAUGAGAGAUAGUUUGAAUAGUAAUGGUAACGUUUUGAGCGAUUUUUCGAGGAAAGCGACAAAAGGCGUCUCGCCGUUAGGACCGCCGAGACGAGUUCCCGUGGAAAAUAGCAACAAUAGUAGUCCGAAUUUGAUUUCGUUCAGUCCUCUCCAGAUGAGAGGCUCGGCGCUGAAGAAGACGCCUGUACACAUCAGUCCUCUUGGUCCGCCGAGACGCGUGUUGAAGAUUGAUCAAGAAAACGACGUUUCUUUUUCGAACAACAACAACAACUAUUCAUCGAAGUAUUCAUCGCCGGCGGUUGGUUCUACGAGACGAAUGUACAACACGCCGGAGAAUCGCGUGUAUCCGACGCCAGAGACGAAACAAACGCAGGAGAAGCUGAAGAAGAGUCUUUUAGAAAGACUUUCAAAGAUUGCGAACGAUUCUCCGCCAUCGUCGAGAAAGAGUUAUAAUGGAUUUACGGCCAGGUUGUAA